UUUUGCGUAAAUUACGUAACAAAAAGCACGUACAGCACCGACCAAGGAAGUGCACACCGGUGGGCGCUCUCUCGCCAGCAUUGUAUAAGAGUUUUGAAUGAGAGAUACUCAACAGCUAGUUAACUCAUUUUCUACCCGGCUUAUGUUGAGAUUCACCUCCUGCCAUGGAAAAUGCACGUACUGACACGUUUUUGAUAACAGGGGGAUGUGGCUAUUUUGGCUAUCGCCUGGCGUACUCCCUGCACAAAAAAGGAGCCAAAGUAAUUCUGUUUGACACAGUCCCUCCGAUCCAAGAAGCACCAGAGGACAUUGUGUUUGUGCAGGGUGAUAUACGUGACUAUGUGCAAGUUGAGAGGGCCAUAACCGGCGUGGAUUGCGUGUUCCACAUUGCCUCCUAUGGCAUGUCUGGCAGGGAGCAGCUGAACCAUGAGCUGAUUGAGGCGGUGAAUGUCCAGGGCACGCAGAACGUCCUGAAGGCCUGUGUCGAGCAUGGAGUGUCCAGGCUGGUUUACACCAGCACCUUCAACGUGGUGUUCGGAGGCCAAGUGAUAGAGAACGGUGAUGAAAACCUCCCUUAUCUACCUCUCCAUCUUCACCCUGACCACUACUCCAGAACAAAGUCCCUGGCUGAAAUGGCUGUGCUAAAAGCCAACGGCACAGCACUGAAGGACAGCUCCAGGGUGCUGAGGACCUGUGCGCUUCGUCCGGCAGGAAUCUAUGGGCCUGGAGAGCAGAGGCACCUACCCAGGAUAGUGGGCUACAUAGAGAAGGGGAUCUUCAGGUUUGUUUAUGGUGAACCCAGCAGCCUGGUGGAGUUUGUCCAUGUGGACAACCUGGUGUCAGCACACGAGCUGGCUGCAGAGGCGCUGACCGUAGAGAAGCAGCACCGCUCUGCUGGCCAGGCCUACUUCAUCUCGGACGGCAGGCCUGUCAAUAAUUUUGAAUUCUUCAGACCUCUGGUAGAGGGCUUGGGCUACCCCUUCCCCAAACUACGUCUUCCCAUCUCUCUCAUUUACUUUUUCGCCUUUCUCACAGAAAUGAUUCACCACCUCAUCGGCCCUUUCUAUAACUUCCAGCCGCUGCUGACACGUACAGAGGUGUACAAAACCGGUGUGACGCAUUACUUCAGCAUGGCGAAAGCAAAAGCAGAGCUCGGUUAUGAACCUCAUGAGCACAACCUUGAUGAGGUUGUACAAUGGUUCAGAUGCAGAGGUCAUGGGAAAAAAUCUGGCAGCUCCUUCCUCGGUCGAUUACUACUAGACAUCCUGUUUGUUGCUGCCUUUGUUGCCGUGGUUCUCUCGUUUCUUCCAGUCGUUGGCAGUAGAUAAAGCUCAACAAAAAUAUCAUUCUCACAUUUUCGAAAACACGCUGUAUCAAGACUGGUCCAUAAAUGGGUUGUUUACAUGUAUUGUUUACAUGUACAUGUUAUUUCGCAAUGCUCAUUACUGACAGGUGUUUCAGAUAUAAAAACAGCUAAGACCAAGUCAAUGAAAGCAAAAGGCUCCUCAGAAUCAACACGUUUGUUUGAGGACCUUCCCUAGUGGUACUGUGACACCCAUCACAUGUGAAAAUUAUUGUCUAACCUCUGUACCUGAAGUUCUUAAUUCACCAUUCUACAGUCGUCACUUUCAGAAACUGUCAAGUUCUACCUCUUCUUUCCACAACAGUUAGGAUGUGAGAAAAAAAAUCUCUGGGGGCAAAGACUGAUAAUUACUUAAGACAUGCCAGUGUUUUAAUGCUUUUUGUGGAACUGUGUUACAAGAAAAGUGCUAAAAACUCUAAUGAAUAAAACCUCACAAGUCAAA